UCUCCCACCCCCCCCCCGGCGGCGGCCAUGGCUGGAGGGGUCUGAGGGUGGGUAUUGCUCGGGUAAGGCCCAGCACGGAGGCAGGUGGAUUCAGGCAGAGCCCAGGAAUCAGGUAGCCUCGGCCAGGAUUCGGGAGCAAUGUCACAACAACUCCUCUACCGUGCUCUGGUGUCUGCAAAAUGGCUUUCAGAAGCCAUCAAAUCGCAGCAAGCUGGUCUGGCUUUGAGAGUCGUGGACGCAUCCUGGUAUUUGCCAAAGAUGAAGCGUAACCCGAAGCAGGAAUUUGAGGAGCGCCAUAUCCCGGGUGCAGUUUUCUUCGAUAUUGACCAGUGCAGUGACCGCACUUCACCUUACGAUCACAUGCUGCCCAAAGCUACUGACUUUGCUGAGUACGUGGGGAAACUGGGUGUGGGGAAUGACUCCCAUGUUGUGGUGUAUGAUGCCAGUGACCAGGGUCUUUUCUCAGCACCCCGGGUGUGGUGGAUGUUCCGGGCCUUUGGACAUGAAGCCGUCUCCCUACUGGAUGGUGGCCUGAAGAACUGGCAGAGAGAAGGGCAUGCGGUGAGCUCUGGGAAAAGCCAGGUAGCUCCCUCUGAGUUCCACGCCUCCUUGGACAAGUCUCUGGUGAAAACAUAUGAGGACGUCUUAAAUAACUUGGAUUCCCACUGCUUUCAGCUGGUGGAUGCUCGCGCUGCAGGACGUUUCCAGGGAGUAGAGCCAGAGCCCCGAGAUGGAAUUGAGCCUGGUCAUGUCCCUGGGUCGACGAACAUCCCCUUCACCGAUUUCCUUACAGAGUCUGGCUUAGAGAAGACCCCUGAGCAGAUCCGUAGUCUGUUCCAGGAGAAGAAGGUGGACCUCUCAAAGCCCAUGGUAGCCACAUGUGGCUCUGGGGUCACUGCCUGCCACGUGGCUCUGGGAGCAUACCUAUGUGGCAAGCCAGAUGUUGCUGUGUAUGAUGGGGCCUGGGUGGAAUGGUAUAUGCGGGCACAGCCUGAAAAUAUUAUUUCUGAGGGAAAGGGGAAGACAGUGUAACAAGCUGCUUUGUCUCCCAGCUCUACAGAUGAUUUGCCUUGAAGCAGGAUUUGGAAAAGAGGGGUGUAGCUUUCCUGGUUAAAUUUCUUGAGGUGAAGGUGUUGAGUAACAAAUACAGGCACAUGGUGCAUUGGUACUUUCUUCUUACCCUACUGUUGUUGUUUAGGAGCAUAAAGAUGACCUGGGCAGCUGGCUCUAGGUGACCCUUCUUGAGCAGGUAGGGUGAACCAGAUGUCCUCCCAAGGUCACUUCCAAUUUCAGCUGUUCUGUGUUCCAUAACUUACUUUACCAUAUCAGAUGGAAGGGAUGGUGGUGGUACAGGGAAAUAAUGGAGUCAAGCCAAGCUUAUGACUCUGGACAUUCCACAAUAUUCAUUCAAUGGGAUGGUCAUACUUGUAUAACUGUGCCUCAUGAUCCUGCUCUGCCUCAUUCCUAGAAGCCAUCUGUGCACUUUAUGGCCAUUUUCGGUGCAAAGGUUUGGAGAAAGACAAUAGCUGUUAAAGGAGCAGAUAUGGCUUCCUGGUUGUCACUUGAGAGACUUGAUUUGGAUUUCUUCUUGUACUUGGACUCUUAACUGCAGUGUGUACUUAGCCAAGUUUGCACUCCUGUGGUCCAGAAUCCCCCUGGGAAAAAGAUUCUGGCAGUAAAAAAGGGUAAAUAAAGAUUUGUUUCAAGGUC